AUGGCAUCCCGGGAAGUGAUCCCCCCCAUUCACGCACCCUUGUCCCCACAGCUGCAGAUCUGGGACACGGCCGGCCAGGAGCGCUUCCGCACCAUCACCCAGAGCUACUACCGCAGCGCCAACGGCGCCAUCCUGGCCUACGACAUCACCAAGCGGAGCUCCUUCCUGUCGGUCCCUCACUGGAUCGAGGACGUGCGCAAGUACGCAGGCGCCAACAUCGUGCAGCUGCUGAUCGGGAACAAGGCGGACCUGGCCGAGCUCCGGGAGGUGCCGCUGGCCGAGGCCCAGAGCCUGGCCCGGCACUACGACAUCCUGUGCGCCAUCGAGACCUCGGCCAAGGACUCGCGCAACGUGGAGGAGGCCUUCCUCAGGGUGGCCUCGGAGCUCAUCAUGCGGCACGGCGGCCCCCUGUUCAGCGAGAAGAGCGGCGACCACAUCCAACUGGACAGCAAGGACGUGGCCGAGGGCUGGGGCUGUGGCUGCUGACCGGCCUCUGUCCCCCUCCGCCCCCCUGGCACCUUCCAGAGCUGGGGGAGCCGCGGGGGCCACCCUGUGACCCGCCACCCUGUGAUAGGGCAGGUGGGAGCCCGUCCUUCACAUGCCAAGACUGGCCUGAG